UCUCUCUCUCUCUCUCUCUCUCUAAGUCGACGCCAUUGGUGAUGUCAUGGUACAGCUCCGAGCUCUGUGUUUAGAGCCGAUACGUUUCCAGCUUUUCCCCCCAUCUCCGGCUGAUGAGAUGACUCAGUAAAUGUUCAUCCGGACAAUCAUCCGUUGCUCAGCCUUGUCGCGUACGUACUUCAUUUGCUCGGAUUGUGUAAGAAGUGAGACCGAGGUGAGCUGAUACUUUAACUCGACGGAGGGGAGGAGUGGGGGAGAUGAAGACGAAGAAGGAGGGUGAGGCGAAGGCGAGGAGUAAGGUUGUGGUGAGGCAUCUGCCUCCGUCUCUCUCGCGGUCGGAUUUCUUCGGCCAAAUCGACACCCUCUUCGCCGAUCGCUGCAGUUGGACUUCCUUCCGCCCCGGCAAGAUUUCCAGCCGAAAGGGUCAACAGUGUUCUCGAGCCUACGUUGACUUUAAGAGGCCAGAAGAUGUAAUUAACUUUGCAGGGUUCUUUGAUGGACACGUGUUUGUCAAUGAGAAGGGUGCUCAUUUCAAGGCCAUAGUUGAAUAUGCACCUUGUCAACGGGUUCCAAAGCGAUCCCCUAGGGAUAGUCGUGAGGGGACAAUAUACGUGGAUCCCGAUUACUUGGAGUUCCUUAAACUUAUUGCCAAACCUGUGGAGAAUCAUGGAAAACCUGCAAUUCAGCUGGAAGCAAUAGAAGCGGAACAAGCUGAAGAAACUCCUGUUGUCACGCCACUUAUGGAAUUUGUUCGUCAGAGAAGAGCUGUUGAGAAUGGAAUCCAGGAUGCAUCAGCCGUUGGGAAGUCCACUAGAAAAGCUCUGGCAGCAUCCAAAGGCAAGCUUGCCUCAGUAAAUAAAAAGCAUGGACAAGCCAGGAAAAAGGAUGUUCUUAAAGACAGCAAAAAGGGCGCCAUUGGGAGAGACAAAUCAGAAAAUGAUAACAGGACCCCCAAAUCGGAGAAGAAAAAGAUCCUGCUUCUUAGAGGGAAAGAACUAGAAGUUCCUAAGGGUGAAAUGACUUCAAUCACUAAUUCAACUGGUCUAAUUGCUUCCAAGCAGAGCCAUCUGCGUGAAAGUAGUCAGAAGUUGAUUCGAACCAUACUUUUGAAAAAUGAAGCGCAUCAGUCUUCUUCUAGCAUUCUGGCAAAGAAAAUUAAGCCCGAGAUUCUUGAUAAGGGAAAGCAGCUGCCCCAGCCCACCGACCUCGAGUCAAGUGAGACCUGUUAUGUCUCUGAGGAUGCUGUGCACUCAGUUAGUUCUGAUAAUUAUGUGAAAAAGACUGCAGAUGACCAGUUUGUCAGCAAAGACCUGCAUGCUGCAGAUAAUAUUCGCGAGAAGCCAGCUAAACAUGAUACAGUAAUAGGUGUCAGGUCCGGAAGCAGAACUGGGGAAAACUUGACCCUUUCAACCAGACAAAAUAUUUCCUCCCUAGAAAAUGGGUCCAAAGGAUAUUUUGGCCACGGCCGUACAUUAGGCCACAAUAUGAAAAAUGACCACUACAGGAGGAAGGACGGUGACUUCAGAAAUAAAGCGGGUGUGAAGUCAUCAAAGCGAGCUGUGCAGGAGAAACGGGUUUGGGUUCAGAAGUCAUCUUCAGAAUCUGGAAAAUGAAUUGAAGUCAUAAUUGUUAUCCAGGUUUGUGAUCGAGGCUACGUUCUCUCUUGGCCCAGCAAGACUCUGGUGAUACACUAGAAAAGUAUUCGGUGCAUGGACUGGAACAGCUUUGAAGAACAUCUCGAAAGUCAUUUUUCUCCGCACAGCUGAGAAUUUAGCUGCAGUUCCAAAUUAAGGUUUUCAGUUAAUGAGGAUGAUGCCGUUAGCAGUCAACGCCUGGCCAAAUUGUCAAAAUUUGGCGUGCAGAGGAGGAAGCAGUUGAUGUCACUGCGCCACCCCCUCAUGACAAGCUUGAAAGGUCAUCCGUUCUAGUUAUCAUUCUUAGGAGAUUGGACUGGUAUUUCACAGUCCGGAUUCGACUGAACUUCGGAGAUACCGAGUUGGGUUUUCCUCUCAAAAUUCUUGAAGGGCAGCGGUAGUUAUACAGUCGCAUCAUUACGUGUUACCAGAGAAUUUCUAGACCUUUACAACUCUGAGACCUCGCCAUUAUCAUUGUCUUGAACAGUAUAGUAAAGUGACGAAUUAGAACCCUCUCUAAAUCCUGUCUUUGGCAUGUAAUCCUUCUCCCCUCACCUUUUAACGGAACGAAGGCGCGGUCGCAGAGCUGUCACUGGCUAUGUUGGUUUGCAUAUUAUAUUAUUUUUAAUUUAAAAUA